GUGUUGUUGGAAGUGGGGGGAAAGUGAUCGUGGGUGAUAUUUUCACAUUGGCUGUAGUUUUUUUGAAAAGAGGAGGGCGGAGAAAAGAAAGGAAUUCAGAGGCUCUUUACCCCCCCGAGGCUCGACUCACUUUAACCGCGCCAACUACCCAGGGGGGGUGACAUGGGUGGAGCUGCCAUGUUCACUAUGCUGAAAACCUGAGGAAAAAAAUUGCAAUAUCGCUGCUGAGGAAACCUGCCACCCCCACUCAUGACUUUCUACUGUGAACCGUUGGUUGGUGUGCUGCAAACUCUGUGAUGGACAAUCGUGAUGAUGAAGGUGAGCAGCACCACAGCACGAUGGUGGCAGAGGCAGGCAGCACGACGGGGGACAGCACCCCUCCCACAAAACGCAAGGGCAAGUUCUCCAGUCUUGGCAAGAUCUUCAAGCCGUGGAAAUGGCGUAAGAAGAAAAGCAGUGAGAAGUUCAAGGAAGCAUCAGAAGAACUGGAGAGAAGGAUGUCGACGAGGCGUACCCGACAGGAGCUUAUAGAACAGGGAGUGCUGAAGGAGGUGCCGGACAAUGAUGGAGCGUCCCAAAGCCUGAAGCACCCCUACGUGAAGAAUGGUCACACUCUGCCUGUGAGUGGAGGAGGGGGUGUGAAUGCUGGACGGAGCAACCAGGGCAAAGCCCCCUCUGAUUCGGACUUUAGGAUAAACCCUACCUGGCUCCCCCAGACGGACGACCAUAGGGGCCGAUCUCCCUCAGAUGGUGAUCGACGGAGAGUUCCGUCCUCCAGGGGUUCUGGACCGCCGGAAGAAGUCCAGAGAGGAAGUGGUUUAAUGGGAACUCGAGUACACGGGGAGAACGAGUGGAAGUCUAACAUGGCCUGGCAAGGACAGGUUCACAAUCAGAUGAGCGACGGCCAAACUGGGGGCCAGCUUCUCCCUGAAAAUGGACAGAGGAGACCUGGGCUGCAGAAAGCUCCAUCAGAGGAUGGCAGGAGGAGUCGGCAGACUGAUGUGGACUGGAAGCCCACGCUCCCGCGUCAUGCGUCUGCUGAAGAGGGACGGGCUCGUAGAGAGUCAGACAGCCAUUUUGCCCCUGACCCUGAAACCCUGAGAGAUACUCUUCGUGAACCUCUGCCGCCUAAACAGUCCAUCAUGCCUCCAAAGUGGCUGAUAAGCUCCACGCCCGAACCCGGCAGCGAGGGACCGUCUCGCCCCCCAUCCAACCAUCCACCGGCCCAGUACCAGACCUCCUCUUCCUCCUCGGGUGCCGCGUCUAAGCCUACAAGGAACGUCUCCUCUGCGGGUGCGAGUACCCAGCAGUCCUCAUCGGCGGCAUCGUCGUCAUCCACCACUCAGGCCGCCAAGCAGCCGCCUUUACCUCCGCCCAAGCCGGUGAACAGGGGCAACCCGGGCGUGCUGGUCUCCGCCCUGCAGGGGGGAGAGAAUGCACAGCUUCCGCUCUACUGGUCCUGCUGGAAGCGAGAGUGCGAGUAUGAUGUCUAUCUAUCCCUGCCUGUCUACCUGUGCCGGCGGGCUGGAGGCCUGCGCUCAGAUGUCACACAAGGCCCGGGGGGUCUUGUCCCAGCCAAGCCCUCCCCACCGAUGCCCCCAAAGAGAACCACACCCGUCACCAAACGCAACUCGGAGGAUCCGUCUACUUCAGGCCAUCCCAUCCCCCCCUCGCCGCUUUCUGUCGAGGAGCACAGCUCCGUGAGCUUUCAGCUGCCACCCCCUCCUGCCUCUCCUCCGCUGCCAGCGCACAUACCCCCCUCUCCGCCGCGCCAACACAUGCACACUCACCACCUCCACCAUCAGCACUCUUAUCCGCACCCGCUGCCCCAGCCCAUACCCAUCUUGUUUGAUCCACCGAGCCCUACCGUCGAGUCUCCCCAGCGCCAAGCUCCCAUUCCACUGCAUAUCAUGAUCCAGAGAGCUCUGUCCAGUCCUGGCCCAAUUCAACCCAACCCGGACGGGUCACAGCGUGCGCACAGCUUGCUCUUUGAAACGCCUCCUGAUUACCAAGCAGACCGAGGUCGCCCGCUUCCUGUCAGCAUCCAACCACUGAAACUGUCUGAGGACGACUACUCCGAAGAGGAUGAGGAAGAGGAGGACGAUGAUGAUGAUGAGGAAGAGGAGUACGACGGGGAGAUCCCCCAGCCAGAGCUUGAGCCACGGAGUCGCCGAGGCUUGGUCGGCGAUGUCGGAAUAUGUGUCAUUCCCAGUGGAGACGAUGACAACGAGGAAGAUGAGGAGCAAGAUGACGAGGAUGAUGACGAGCACGGCCUGCACCGAGAGGACAGCGACUCGGACGGUCCUGUGCGUUAUAGAGAUGAUGAAUCCGAUGAGGAUGAAGAGGAAGAACCCCCACUGAGUGCCCUGGCCAGCAGAGUGAAGAGGAAAGACACUCUGGCUUUGAAGCUGAACAGCCGUCCCUCUGCACCUGACAGGGACAGAUUUUCGCAGGAGAGAAGUGCCAGAGAUGACACUCCUCUGCCACCGGGACAGACCGGCCUCACCUGGCAGAGCAGGGAGCAGUGGGAGGCCAUCCGCACGCAGAUUGGCACGGCGCUCACAAGACGUCUCAGCCAGCGACCCACCGCUGAGGAGCUGGAGCAAAGAAACAUCCUCCAACCUAAAAAUCAGGCUGACAGACAAGCGGAAGUUCGGGAGAUUAAGCGACGACUGACCAGAAAGCUGAGUCAAAGACCCACAGUUGCAGAACUGCAGGCGAGAAAAAUUUUGCGAUUCCACGAAUAUGUGGAAGUCACAGAUGCCCAAGACUAUGAUCGCAGGGCAGACAAACCGUGGACCAAGCUGACUCCUGCUGAUAAGGCAGCCAUUCGGAAAGAGCUUAACGAUUAUAAAAGUACUGAAAUGGAGGUUCACGAAGAGAGCAGAAUCUACACAAGGUUUCACCGGCCUUAGCCUCUCCGCCUUCUUCACCUGGUGAAUGAAGCACUUAAGGUCUUCGUGGCAAGCAUCUGCUGACUGUGCAGACAGAUUGCCCUUUCUCAUUUCCUGAAUGUACUCUACAUUUGAUCAGGGACAGCCUGGAACUGACAUGAAUGCUUCUCGCGUCCCUUCCAUUUACCCUCACACGGCAUUGCUUUCAGCCAACGGAAGCGGUAGUGGUUUGGAGAUGAUGCAGAUGCAGUAUUUUUUUUUUCCCGGACAACAGGGGGUAACCAUGUGCCAACCAAAAUGGUGACAUUUACAAAGGACCUAACAGUACAGGGCUGCUUCUCGCUCUGCUGUAAUGUGGCGGCCCUCAGGGACCUGGAAUCUAGUCAAUACCUUUAAAUGCGGCCUCAUUCUGUGUUGCCUUUUUUUCUUCUCUACUGUAUAUGGAAACGCUAACUCAUUUGUCUUGUUAAUGUGAGAACAUAAAAUAAUAAUAGUAAAGAAAAAAUGUUCAUUUCUAGUACUCCACACAAUAAUAUUGGAGAUGACGCAUGGCAUUAGCCAGUGUGGACUGGAGGUUGAAGACUGGGAUAUUCUGUUUUAGGGUUGAACAUCUCUGGGAUAUUGUGUGUUUUUAUAUUAACUGUACAGAUUGCUAUUAUAAUAAUACGUUAGAAUGAAACUUGCAAAGAUCUAAUUACAAAGUAUUGUGUCAUGCACAAGAUAUUUUAUAUUCAAGUUUUGAUCACAUCGUUAGUGACGGCUUUUUUGUUUUUGAUUUUUUUUUUUUUUUUUUUUUUGGGCUUGGCUGUAUUUAUCGUUGUGAUGUGCGCUGGCCAUUUAAGCGUGAGUGUAGAAAUAGAAAAGAAAGUGCAGGCCAGGAUGCUCUUGGUGAGUUUGUGUGCCAAUGUACCCAAUGCCUAGUAAAUAUAGGAUAUUGGUAUUCAUAUCAUCUAUUUCUGAAAUCUGCAUGAGCCAAUAAGGAUCCCCCCGUUCCCAGGAUCUGGAUAUCCUCUCUUCAUUUCUACUUUUCUAUGAGUUUUUUCUACUUCCCUUUAAAAUCACACAGGCAAGACAUUUCUGUAGCCAUUUUCUGAUAAGGUCAUGUUGGUGUUGUCUGCUAAGAAUCCAAUGUAAAUUGCUGUUGUUAGUAGAUCAGGGAUUUAUCACAAAAGAAAUCAUAAUACAUGUGAACGGUCAACAGGGGAUCAUUUUGGCUGGAAUUUUCUUUUUUGUUUGUUUUUUUUUCAAUUUUGUAGUGUUGUCUGGCCAGUAGCUUACAGGGUUCUCUAUGCUGUGUACAGGUGGAUAUAGGUUUAACUGAUGCUUGUGUAUAUCUUGUCUUCCUUUCGUUUGAAAAGAAAUUUUAAAUAAAGUGUUAUAGGUUGCUAUUUUUUUAAGCACAAAUAUCUUAGUUUAUGAUUAAAAUGCUACAAGAAUGGGAAUAUCAAUGUGUACCCUUUCUGUAAAACUAAGUUCAUUUUUAAUUGAAUGUGAAGAUGUUUGGACUGAUAGUUCUUUUCCUUUUAACUGUACAUAGUAACAUCUGGAUCUAAUUAAAAAUCUUACAGCUUGAA